CUGCAGUGGCAAAUCAGCCCUUCUCUUAACAUUUCCGUUAACAUUUAACAUUCCGUUCAUCACCCCUCUACUGCAAUGGACCUGACCAAUAAUGAAUCCUUCUUCAGCUCUCGCCGUGAUCGUCGUUCCAACAAAAAUAAUCAGAAUCAGAGUACGAGUGAUAAUCCUAAUCCGCCCUCUGAUAAGGGUAAGGAAAAGGAACACGAUCUCAGGAUUCGAGAGAGAGAGAGAGAUCACGCCAACAGUAAUAAUCAUCUCGAGCGUGGUUUGGGAUUGAAUUUGGAUGCAUCUGGUGAUGACGAUGAUAAUGACAGUGAGGGUGGUGGAGGGAAUUUGCCGUCAGCUAGCAGCACCCUUCAAGGGCUGUUAAGGAAGCUGGGUGUUGGACUGGAUGAUUUCUUGCCGUCCUUGGGAAUUGGGUCUGCAUCCUCUUCACACCAGAGUGGUAGGUUGAAGAAGAUUCUGACUGGAUUGCGUGCAGAAGGAGAGGAAGGUAGGCAAAAGGAGGCGUUAACGCAGCUCUGUGAAAUGCUCUCAAUUGGGACUGAGGACUCACUAAGCACCUUCUCUGUGGAUUCCUUUGUUCUUGUGCUUGUGGGAUUGCUUAAUCAUGAAAGCAAUCCGGAUAUAAUGCUUCUAGCUGCAAGGGCACUCACUCAUUUGUGUGACGUGUUGCCUUCUUCAUGUGCUGCCGUUGUUCACUAUAAUGCUGUUUCGUGCUUCUGUGCAAGGCUGCUAACCAUAGAGUAUAUGGACUUGGCUGAGCAGGUUAGGCUUAGUUAUAUAGUAAUUAAUUUGAAAUCCGUUAACUCGUCCGUCGUAGGAUGUGAAAUCCCCGGAGCCACCUGUGGCGCUGGAGCCGUAAUUGGUGAAGUUAUCCGUAGCAACAUUGACAUCUUUGGCGUAACCUUUGAACUCUUCUGUGUGUGCGACUGAGUCUCCACUGUAUUCAUUGAAGGAAUUAGCAGCCGUGUUUAACCCAU